AUGAAUAAUGAUAGCUCUUACAAUGAAAGUACAAUAAAUUGGUCACCAAAUUCAGCAUCUUCAAGUUUUAGAGUUCAAAUAAAUGAUUAUGAUACGUAUCAAACAUGGCCUACUAAAUUAGACCAAUUAUACACAGUUGUUAGUCAGGUACCCAUCAUUAGAAUUUAUGGUUCAUUAUCAAUCAAUAAUGAUGAGAAGAAUAAUGAACAAUCACCGAAGAGGAAAAAGCCAAGAAUUGAAAGCAAUGAAACUUCUGUAUUUAAUGUAGUUAUACAUGUGCAUAAUUUUUAUCCAUACUUUUAUGUUGAUUGUAAUGAAACAAAUUAUGAAAAAUUGAAAGAUAAAAAGUUCAUUGACAAGGUAAUAAAUUAUUUGGAAACAUCAUUAAAAGAGUCAUUCAAACGUAGAAGAGCUAGAAACGGGCAUGAAGAUCAAGAAGUCGGUGACGAUGAUGAUUCAAGAAGAAAAUAUAUUGCAAAUGUUUCAAUUUGUAAAGCAGUUUCAAUUUAUGGAUUUCAAUUAGGUUAUAGAUUAUUUUAUAAAAUAUCAUUAUUAUCACCAUUAUAUAAAUCCAGAUUAACCAAUAUGUUUCAUGAAAGAAAAGUUUCAUUAGAUGACAUUGAAAAUCCAGUUGAGAAAAAGCCCAUCACAUACAUUUACGAAGCUCAUAUUCCGUACCUUUUACAAUUUUUAACAGAUUUUAAUUUAUUUGGUUGUGGUUGGAUAAAUAUUGAUCAUGAAUUGGUUAAUGGUACUGGUACCAGAGGAUUAUAUUUUAGAUCGCCUAUAUUUACUGAAUUACAUCGAAAUUUUCAUGAACCUCAUAAAUUAAAUAUUCUAUCCAAUUAUUUAACAAAAUUUUUGAAUCAAGAAAAUGUGCUAGACAAUUCAUUUGUGAGAAUUGGGAAAUCAAUUGUUGAAGUGGAUAUUACCACAAGUAGUAUCAUUAACAGAAAUUGGGUGGAGCCAAGAGAAAUUCAUGAAGAUUUUUCUGAACGACGGGAGUUUGAUAAGUAUAUUGAAGAUAUAAAGUUCUCCAAAAUACCAAAGCAUGGUUAUAAAUAUGACAAGGAGGGAAACCAACUCAUCUAUUUAUCGUCUUUAAAACAGACGUAUUUUGAUUUGAAAUUUCAAAUCAAAAUAAGAAAUUCAGAUUUGAAAAUCAACAAUGAUGUCUUGGUAACCUCUUCUAAAAUUCAGUACUUUGGUACUGGAACUAGCAAGUGGAGCAAUUCUUUUGAAUUGAACGAAUUAUUAAAUUAUGUGAUACAAAUAAAUGGGAAAACUAAUUACAAUUUGGACAAGUACGGAGAUCAUAAUUUUAAUAAAGAUCCCAAUUUUAAUAAAUUUGAAACAGCAUAUGGCUUAGUAGAUUAUGAGAAGAAUUUAAAAUUUCAUGAUAAAAAACCAAUGCUUUUACAGUGGACCGAUUUUGAAGAAUUAUUCAUUGAAAAUGUAUCAGUUGAAAAUCAGUUUAUUGAGUCAGAAGAUGAAUCAGAAGAGGAAAGGCUAAUAGAUGUGAAUAAACCAGAAGUAAUGGAUGAACAAAAUAAUGAUGAUGAUUUAGAUUCACAAGAAUUAGACUUCAAACAUAAUAAUUUCGGUUCACAAGAAUUAGUUGCAAAUGAAAUCAUCUCAUUACCAAAUGAAACUAAAUCAGAUGAAAAAGAAGCUAUUAUAUCUACCCAAUUUGAUGAAGAUAUGAUUCAAAACCAGUCUCAAUUAUUUGAUUCAUUUUCGUUCACUCCUACAGCUGAACAACCCAUUUAUAAAAACAUGCAUGUAGGGAAAAACACUUACGACAUAUCAAUACCAGAGCAACUCAAGUUACUGAAUUUAAAUGAUGCAUUUCAAUCCACUGGAACUCUUAAGAUAGAUUAUCCAGAUCCGUUUUAUAGUGAUCCAAAAGAUUUAUCAAAACCAUUUAUAUUUGCUAAUCAAAAAUUUGUCAUACCAUUAAAAAAUGAAUCUAUAAUACCUAAAUUAUUUAGUGAUUCUUUACAUCUAGGACCAGAUAAAGAACUAACAGGAAUAUAUUCAACAUGGGAGUACAGUAUUGAACCGCCAUCAAAAAUGGAAACUAUUAAUUUCAUCAAGUAUCGAGAAUCUAAAGCAAUUAAAAGAGCAUUAAAAUAUAGAUCACAAAUUGAACCAGGUAAAACACAAGCAUUUAAAUACAGUUAUAACUCAGAAAAAGUAUCUAGGAAGCCGGAUGAGUUUAAUUUUUUAACUUCAUUACAUUUGGAAAUUCAUGCUAAUCCUCCGAAUGCUGAAUUAGUUGCGGAUCCAUUAAGAGAUCCCAUCUCAUUAAUUUUUUAUUCGUUUGAUGAUACCAAUGAAAUGUUUAAUUGUAAAAAAUCGGGAGUAUUAAUGUUUGGAGAAUAUGAACCUAAAAUGAUUCAACAAUUAUCAGAAAGUUUAUCUUGUCAUACUGAAAUAUUUUCUGAUGAGAUCGCAAUGGUUGCAAAAUUGGUUCAAUUGGUUGAAAUUUUUGAUCCUGAUAUUUUAUCAGGUUAUGAAGUAAUCUCAAUGUCAUGGGGUUAUAUAAUUGAAAGGUUUAUAAAUGUGUUUGGUAUUAAUAUGAUGAGUGAUUUGAGUAGGGGUACAUUUAAAAGUAAUGGUAAAUUUGGUGAUAGAUGGGGCUAUACUCAUACAUCAAAUAUAGAAAUAUGCGGUAGACACAUGAUUAAUGUUUGGAGGGUAUUAAGAUCAGAACUAAGUUUAACCAGUUAUUCAUUAGAGAAUGUAACGUAUCAUUUAUUACAUAGAACACUACCUAAGUACCUGAAUCAUCAAUUAACGCAAUGGUUAAAAGCUAAUCAGUAUCAUGAGUUAUUUAUUGUUAUGUCGUAUUACAUGAAAAGAAUUGAAUUGAUACUCAAAAUUAUUGCUGUUCAAGAAUUGAUUACAAGAAAUGUUGAACAUUCAAGAUUAAUAGGAAUUGAUUUCAAUUCAAAUUUUUAUAGAGGUUCACAAUAUAAAGUUGAGUCGAUAUUAGCAAGAAUUGCAAAGACAGAAAGUUUAUUAUUAAAUUCACCAUCUAAAACAGAUGUACAUGAAAUGAGACCAUUCGAAUCAAUUCCAUUAAUUUUAGAACCAAAAGCAAAUUUUUAUAAAUCUCCAUUAGUUGUAUUAGAUUUUCAAUCUUUAUACCCGUCAAUUAUGAUUGCUUAUAAUUAUUGUUAUUCGACAUUGUUAUGCAAAUUGCACAAUUAUAAAAAGAAUAAAAAUGAUAUUGGUUAUUUAAAAUCUUUAAAGUUAAAUCCAGGACUAGUUGACCUACUAAAGAAAGAUGACGCUAUUAAUAUAUCCCCCAAUGGAUUUAUGUUUGUUAAAAGUCAUAUAAGAAAAUCGAUUUUAGCCAAAAUGUUGGAAGAAAUUUUAAAUAUCAGAAUUAAACUAAAAAAUGUAAUGAAAUUAUUCAAAGAUGAUGCUGAAUUGACUAAAUUAUAUAAUGCCCGACAAAACGCUUUGAAGUUAAUUGCAAAUGUUACAUAUGGUUAUACGUCAGCAACAUAUUCAGGAAGAAUGCCAUGUUCAGACAUUGCCGAUGCUAUUGUCUCCACUGGAAGAGAAAUAUUAACCAAAUCAAUGGAAAUGAUUGAAUCUGAAAAUUAUGGUGCAAAAGUGGUUUACGGUGACACAGAUUCAUUAUUUGUUUACUUCCCAGGUAAAUCCAAACAAGAUGCAUUUAAAUAUGGUAAAGAGAUUGCUAAAAAAGUUACAGAUUUUUUCCCAGAUCCGAUUCAUUUAAAAUUUGAAAAAGUUUAUCAUCCUUGUAUUCUUUUAGCAAAGAAAAGAUAUGUUGGAUAUUCAUAUGAGUAUGAAAAUCAAGAAGUUGCAAAAUUUGAUGCAAAGGGAAUUGAAACCGUUAGAAGAGAUGGUAUACCUGCUCAACAGAAAAUUACUGAGAAAUGUCUUCGUAUAUUAUUUGAAACACAGAAUUUAUCAACAGUUAAAGAAUAUACUAUUAAACAAUUUUAUAAAAUUUUAUUUAAUAAAAUUUCAGUUCAAGAUUUUUGUUUUGCAAAGGAGGUAAGGUAUGGAAAUUACAAAAAUGAAAGAUAUCUUCCACCAGGUGCAUUAUUAGCAAGUGAAAAAGCAAAAGAUGAUCCUAGAUCAGAACCACAAUAUAGAGAAAGAAUUCCAUAUAUCGUGUAUAGGGAUUCAACAAAACAAAGAAUAAAGGAUAGAGUUUUAUCUCCAGAAGAUUUAAUUAAAACGUAUACAACUGAAAAUCCAUUGACAUUAGAUUCUGAAUAUUAUAUAACAAGAGUAUUAAUUCCUCCAUUGGAACGUUUUUUCAAUCUAUUUGGAGCUGAUGUACGAGGUUGGUAUAAAGAAAUGCCUAAAUAUCAAAGAAUUCAAAGCUUAUACAGUGAUUCAUGUUUAAUAUGUGGUAAUCGAUUAGAUAAUGAAAGUUUUGUAUGUUCAAAAUGUUCAGCAGAUCAGCAAUCACUUGAAAAUGAUGUUGAAUUAACAUUUAAAAAUUGUCAAAAAGAUUAUUUAAAAUUACAAAAUCUAUGUCGUACAUGUAUCCAUAAUACCUUGAAAACAGGUUAUGAUUGUGUCGAUGAUUGCGUAAAUCGUGAUUGUUCUAUAUAUUAUAAUAAAGUGAAAAAUGUAAAUGAAUAUAAACAAGUUCGUGAAAAAAGGGAUAAAAUUAUUCAAUGGUGA